UGGCGUCAGGACACACUACCACACAGGCCUACUUGCGGAGCGCUCCGGAGACUUCGACGCGCGGUUGGAACGCGAACCACGGCUCAUUGACGCAUGAUACAGUAACUGUACCACUUGCGGCCAUGGGCCCCGCUACGUUCAUUGUCCUGCUGGCUGCUCUCUUGAUAGGAUCAGAAAAUGUUGAGAGCCAGCGCAGAGUUAUCGGCAGAGAGCCUCCUUCGACCGACGGCUGGCGCCCGGUGGCUGGCAGCACGGAGCAGCCGCGCUACAGCACGCAGGCCGUGGGCCACCCCGUGCUCGACAAGCUGAGGGCGCACCUCGAGGACGCCGAGCGCCGCAAGGUGGCCACCACGCCCACGCCCAGCGUGCUCGCCUCCUUCAGUGCGGUGGGCCCGCGGCGCGACCAGAACGCGGGCUUCUCGGGCCGCCUGGUGCCGCCCCCGCGCGACCAGCCGCCCCCCGCCGCCUUCCCCGAGGACAGCCGCGACCUGUCGGCGGCGCAGCAGACGCACCCCGGGCCCUACUACCUGCACUCGCUGCUGCCGCCCCCGCGCGCCUCCGACUUCCUGCUCGAGGGGCCGGGCGCGGGCUCCACCUCCUCCUACGUCAGCUUCCCGCCCUUCUCCAGCGACGCGUACUUUGGCGGCAGCAAGCAGCAAGCGACGCAGCAGCUCCACUUCUUCCCGCAGCAGCCGCAGGCCCAACCCCAGACACAGACACAGCAGGACGCCUUCGGCAGUCUGCCUCAGCGACACACGUAUUACCAGCAGCAGCCGCAACAGUACCAGCAACAGCAACCACAGCAGCAGCCGGACUACGUGCUGUCGACGCAGCACCGUCAGCACCCGGCCGCCGUCUCGUCGCAGUACACCAGCCACCAGGCGAUUGCCGCCGCCUCACCAGGACUCGGCGCCGGGCAAGCACCAAGUGUCUUCGGCGGACGCGAGCCGGCGGCGGCCACGUCCCGGCCGCAAGGGGCGGCCCCACCCACACACACGGCAACCGCCGGCAGCGUCACCUUCCACGGCAACAUUCGCGACGAGGCGGCCUACGUGAGCGCCUCCUCGCUGGGAGGGCAGGGCCACCGCUUCGAGACCAAGCGGCCGACGGCGUCGCUGGGCAACUACUCCCCGGGCCCCUCGACGACUACCGUCACGCAGUACCCGCAGCAGGCCGUAGCGCUCUUCCAACAGCAGGCGUACACGCCGAGCUACGCGGAGCAGCCGGUGCACACGUCGGCCAGCGUCGUCGGCUUCACGCUGGGCGUGUCGGACGACCGGGGCACGACCGCGGGGAGUCAAGUGGAGACGCCCGCUCAGCUCCCUCCACAGUACUUCCAGCUGCAGCAGCAGCAGCCGCAGACGUUCCUCCACGAGCAGCCGGGCGCGCAGACCAACUCGCUGCAGCGGCCGGGCGCCGGCGUUCGUCAACCGGACGGUGUGGCGGUCGCCGACAAGCCGGGCAGGAAGCGGCGGCCUUCCGCGGGCCAGAAGAAGCCCGCGUACACCGAGGCCACCGGGGACGUGCAGGACGCGAGGACGCCGCCCCAGCCUCCACCGCGCCAGCACAGCACGUACGUCCUGCAACAGCAGUACCAACCGGAAACGCAGCAGAAUACACAGCAGCAGAACGCCCGGCCCGCCUCCUGGCCGCCAACGGCAUCUCAGGACCACGGCGCUUCCGAGCCGACAGCUCCACAACAGGUGGCUACACAGCAGGAAGCGUCGCUGCGACAGAGGCACGAAGGUCGGAGGCGGCCACCGCAGGCUCACCAGCCGGAAGCUUCCACGCAGCAACCCGUCCAGUACCAGGAAGAGGCGGCCCAGCAAGACACGCCUCGUCAGCACGCUAGGAGGCCGCCCCAGAGACAACAGUUCUCCCCGUCUGCUCGAGGCUCGACGUCUACUCCCCAGCUGGAACAACCUGCGGCCGGUGGCGAAUACCGUCCGCAGCGCCGCCGCAGACCUACCCAGACCCGGCAGGAGCGCCCGGCAGUCACUGGACCCGGUGAGCAGGACACAGCGCAACAACAAGAAGCAGCUAUCCGUCACCAACAGACGUACUACCAGAAUACGGCCAACGAGGAUGCUGCCACUGCAGCAGAUGCUGCGGGCGAGGUUCCCUCUGCACCUUCAGCACCGGCAUCCGCUGAUGGUCAAGUGCCACGUGAACAUCUUCGGAGGAGGCCACAAAACAAGCAGAAGUACCAUAUCACCAUGGAUAGCGACAAGCGGACAGUCGGUAGCAACGACUGGGAACAGGCGCAGAACACUGUGAAGCCGACUCGCCCACACACGAGAAGACCAGUACAGAAACAAAACACGCAAAUCGACUUUGCUACGGAGGAGAACUCUGCUCACAGUCAGCCACAGCCCACAGCUCAGGAGGGCCGUCCGCAGCAGAGGAGAAGGCCAGUGCGUCCUCAGCACAGAAACCCUCCAGCGUCUUCGCUGAACACCUACACAUCCAGUGAGAACUAUCCCCAAACCCAAAGAGACGAAGAAACGUACACGAAUGUAGCUAACAGGCCUGAAGAAUUUCCUCGUGAAGAGGCAUCCCCAGCCCCUGCACAAAACCAGGAAGUUGAACAACAAGUUUUCACUCGGAGACCUUCUAGCAGAUAUUCUACGACUGAGAGUGUUGUCCAGGCAGCAAUAGAGUCCCAAGUCGAAGGACAAUCGAGCCAACGCACGAGAGUUCGGCAACAGCACGUCUCCCGCAGACCUGCGCAAGGGAGCCAGCAGGAGGAACCGACUACCGUCGCCCAUUACCGGAGGCCCCUCCACCCGUCGAGGAGACCGCAGUACAAGAAGCGCGUUCGCCCGACUAGACCGCAACCGGCAUACGACAGCGAGCCGGCAAGCCAGCAGGAAACGACAAAUGACCCCGUCAGUCAGAGCGACAAUUCGGGAGAUUACGUGCAAGACUACAGGCUGGCGGAAUUGAAGAAGGUGCAGAGGCAACGGUACAAACGGCCACAGACGUCGCAAAACUUUGCUGAAGACGUGCCGGCGCGCACUGCGGCCGUUGCCAAUACGGCUUACCAGCUGCAGUCCAGCUCGCCACUGGACGCCGAGGACAAUUAUUACGCCGUGGACGAGCAGACGGCGCCUGCUCCUGCGCAGAAGUUUCGCCAGAGGGUCAACCAACAGGGGGUUAUCCGGGGCAAGACCAAAUACCACAGGGAGCAGCUGACCGAGACAGACACGCCUUUUCCAGAGCCGACGGAGCAAGUCUACGUGGAAGAACUGCCUGUACAGACGGAAUCAGAUUUCGAGAACGAUGUACUGGGAGGCGGAACCGACGCGCGCUUUCCGUCGGCGGUGGAUUACGCCGCUGAUGAGGAAGACUCGGCCUCCGCUGUCAGCGAGCCCCCGGCGACGACGACGACGACGUACAACGCGACGCGGCCUCGUUUCAGCGUGCGAGACUUCCAGGAGCGCCUGAACCGGCUGUCCACCAGCACUGCGGCGCCGGAGGUCUCGGCGUCAGAGACCACGGAGGCGGCGACUGUCCCGCGCUUCUCUGGGUACAAGUACAAAAGCCGCUACCGGUCCACGCUCAGCACGUCCACUACCACAGAAGACCCGACAGUAGCGACGACGGUGGCAGCGCCGACGCCGUCGGCCAUCGUCUCGCGGCCUUCGCUGCGCACUAAGGGCAUCUUCUCGGCGGUGCGGCCGAACCCUCUGCUGCGUACGGCCACCAGCCCCCCUCAGCAGACGACGGACCUGCUGUCGGCCUACUGGGCGCAGCGGGAGCCUUCGGCGCCGCCCGCUCUCUCCACGCACGCCUCCCCGCACUACUCGGCCGCUGCCGCGGACAAUGAUCACCCCAGCUCUGCCGCCACCCCCGACUCCACCUCCUACCCGGCCACGGCCGCAGACUCGUUACCGGACCAGUCGUCGACGUCGCACCAGUGGAGUGACGACGCCGUCCCGCCCACGCAGAUGAUCGCCGACCUCACGUCAUCCGCUUCGGCCUCCGACUUCUUCCAGAAGUCCGUGCCCUCCCAGCACUCACUGAGGAUCACCAUGGCAACCGACGAUCCCAUCCUGCCACUCGAGGCCUUCUUCCCCUCGUGGGGUGGGAAGGAAGACAGCAACCGGCGGUAG